AUGUCAGACUUUUACUGCUACCUUUCACUGGUCAUCUACAUGGGGCUGGUGAAGAUGAAAAGCCUGACUGACUACUGGAAGACGUCAUCACUCUACCAACUGCCUUUCUCCAUGACUGUUAUGUCCUGCAAAAGGUUUCUGGUUGUUUCACAGGCGCUUCAUAUCAGUGACCCAAAGGUUGAUGAAGAGAACGAGAAGAAGAGAGGCACAGCAACGUUUGAUAGACUGUGCAAAAUCAAACCUCUCUACUACAGCAUUGUUGAGGCCUGCAAGACGUACUUUCAGCCAGCCCAUAACCUGUCCAUCGAUGAGAGAAUGGUAGCCUCAAAGGCCAGAAUUGGCCUCAAACAAUACAUGCGAAACAAACCAACCAAGUGGGGUUACAAGCUGUUGGUGUUGGCUGAUUCUGUGUGUGCCUACACAUGCAAUUUCUUUGUCUAUGAGGGGAAGAACACUUGUGCGACUGGUAAGGGACUUAGCUAUGACUCUGUAAUGGAGUUAUUGGAUUCUCAACUGCUAGGGAACAAACUGUUUGUGGACAACAUCUACACGAGCCCUUCCCUGUUUACAGACCUUAGGAAGCGGAUGGAUACCAGGGAAGUCGUGAUGUGUUCAACGAUCCACAAGUCCUUCAAUGGGGAUCAUGUUGCCCGGCGUGUCAAGGAUGGUACUGGGAAUUGGACCACCAAAAAUGUCCCCAUUCCAACUGCAGUGAAGGACUACAACAAGAGCCUGGGAGGUGUGGACCUAUCAGAUGCGCUGUUAGGCUAUUACAAUGUUCUGCAUAAGACAAUGAAAUGGUACAAGACCUUCACCAUUGCUGUGGUGAAUGCAUUCAUCCUACACAAGGAAAUGGCUAAGAGCUGUGGAAAGCCUUUCCUCUCACAGAAGGCCUUCAGAGAGCAGCUCAUCAAGGAGCUUGCUGGCUACAGCACCACUGCACCACGCCCUGUCCCUUCUGCUCCUGCCACAAGUGUUCAUCUGCCCAGAUAUAUUUGUGCAGACAUGGAUGUGCCUAAGGGCCAAAAGGGCACAGCAUGGAGGCGUUGCUGUGUUGUUUGCAAGAUGAAGUCSCCCAUCACCUGCACCACAUGCUCGGUGACCCUCUGCUUUACAUCAGAAAGAGACUGCUAUGGCAUCUGGCAUCAGCAGCAGAAUAUUGUGUAG